AAACUCUUCUGGACAAACAUUGACUUUGUCUCCAAACCCUGGUCGCCUCUGAAGUUCCUCAGUCUGCUGAGCAAAAAUGUCCGAAAAUCAGCGUCUGUUGGUGAAAAACGCCAAACAGGUGGUUUUGAUCUGCAGGAACGGAGAGAAGUUCCUGAACAAAGACGGGAUGAAGAGUCUGAGCGUGAUCGAAAACGGCAGUGUUGUUAUUGGGAGGGACGGGCUGAUUAAAGCGGUGGGACCUGCAGAAACCAUCAGUGCUCAAUACCCAGAGUCCUCCUGUGAUCAUGUGAUCGACGCCACAGACAUGUGCGUUCUGCCAGGUCUGGUUGAUGCUCACACUCAUCCGGUCUGGGCUGGAGACCGUGUUCACGAGUUUGCGAUGAAGCUGGCAGGAGCCUCCUACAUGGACGUGCACCGGGCCGGCGGAGGGAUCCAUUUCACGGUUGAGCACACCCGCGCCGCCGCCGCCUCGGAGCUGCUGGACGCACUGACCCGCAGGCUGCAGCGGAUGCUGCGCGCCGGAACCACGCUGGUGGAGUGUAAGAGCGGGUACGGGCUGGAGCUGCAGACCGAGGUCAAGAUGUUGGAGGUGAUCGAGGCGGCCAGGCGCUCGCUGCCCAUCAACAUCUCCUCCACCUACUGCGGAGCUCACGCCGUGCCCAAAGGGAGGACGGAGGCGGAGGCUACAGCAGACGUCCUGCAGGUCCAGCUGCCGCGGCUGAAGGAGCUGAUGUCCGCCGGGACGCUGCAGGUCGACAACAUAGACGUGUUCUGUGAGCGGGGCGUGUUCGGGCUAAGCUCCACCCACCGCAUUCUGCAGGCCGGGAGGGACAUGGGCCUCAACAUCAACUUCCACGGGGACGAGCUCCACCCCAUGAACUCCGCCCAGGUAAGCAGCGGGGGAGGGGCCGGUGAACAUCUGUUUCUGUUGACGUCAGACGCUGUGUGUCAGCUGGGGGCGGAGCUCGGGGCGUUGGCCAUCAGCCACUUGGAGGAGGUGACGGAUGAAGGCAUUGUUGCCAUGGCGACGGCAAAGACGGCUGCCAUCCUCCUGCCCACGACCGCCUACAUUCUCCGGCUGCCGCAGCCUCGAGCCAGAGACAUGCUGGACGCCGGCGUGAUCGUCGCCCUCGGGAGCGACUUCAACCCGAACGCCUUCUGCUGCUCCAUGGUGAGGACGGAGACAUCCCAACGUCCCCCGCCGCCCGGCCCUCACCUUCAUCCUCCUCCUCUUCCUCAGCCCAUCGUCAUGCACUUGGCCUGCGUCAACAUGAGGAUGUCCAUGUCUGAGGCACUGGCCGCCGCCACCAUCAACGCUGCCUACGCGCUCGGCCGCGCGCACACGCACGGCUCCCUGGAGGUCAGCAAACACGGAGAUCUGCUCGUCCUCAACUGCAGCAGGUGGGAACAUCUCAUUUACCAGCUGGGGGGGCAUCAGGAGAUCCUCCGUUACGUCGUCAUCAAAGGAAACAUCGUCCACGACAACGACAAAACCAUGCAGAUGUGACAGCAGCAGCUUUUCACAGGGCGGGGAGGAGGAACCUGAACAACGUACCCGCUUCCAGAAGAUGUUGGAGGCGUUCCUGCCGCAGCCGGGGUGAACCUGCUGGCAGCAGCUGUCGGGAACCACGUUCUCCUGCAGGGCGGCGUACCAGUCGUCAUGCCUCACCACGCCGCAGCACAUCCACUGGAGACCCACAGAGGAAAAACACUCAUUUAUGGUUCUCAACCAUGUUCUGGAUUCAUAAUAAGCAUGUUUUCGGGAACAAAGUCUGAGCGUCUGUGUCUUUGUCUACACGCAGAAACUCUUUCUUUUGAUGAUGCAGCAGUAUUACUUUUUUGAUGGACGUAUAAUCUUCAUACGGCGUCAUUAAAAACUCAGACUCAGUCUCACUGAA